CUUUCCGUACCGUCUCCCUCUCCACGUGUAGCGGAAGUAGGAGGAAGCUCAGGAAGACGCUGGUAGGAUGGGUUUAGUUAUGAUCUUAGUUGGAAUGCUGGGAUCAAUUUUGAUUGGAAUUGUUUUAGAUCAAACUCAUCGAUACAAGGAAGCAGCAAUAUUCGUAUUUUUGAUGACCGCUGUGAGCAUGGGGGGCUUCCUUUUUGCACUGGAAAUGAGAUCAAAGUGGAUGAUUUAUGUAACAAUUGGUGUAUUUGGGUAGGUAUGAUGGAAAUAAUAUUGUAAACAUUACAUUUUUCAGAUCGCAUGUUAUAAAUCCAUUGUUUAACUGUGUUACCAGAGUUCGGGCAAUUUUUACCUAGAACUUGGACCUGAAAAUGUUGGAGAGCA